UGGUCUCAGUUCGAGUGUAGCAUUUCCUCAUGUCUACAGUCUAAACUGAACGCUCACUUUACUCUGUCUCCUUUCCUUCAAUCACUGCUGUUCUGGAUGUAGCACAGUGUUGAACUGGCUUCAGCCUUCAAUUGUUUGUGAGUAACUCAGAUGACUUUAACUGACUAGCUUCUCAUUUUUCAACGGAAUCGCAUUCGAGAUGGCUGCGCCAAAACCAACUCCGAGAUUUAUCAGUAAAGAACGAGGGAAAAUCACUGCCUUGCCAUUAUAUUGUGACGGAUUUGUGCGGAAAAAACACACGGGAGAAAAGGAUUUUAAUAGAUAUUUUGCAGAGCUCAGAGGGUCCACAAUUUUCCUGUAUUCAGAUGAGAAAAAUGCCACGUAUACUGAAAAGCUUGAGUUACAGAACCUGAAGUCACUGGAUACUUGGAGUCUGAAAGAGAAUUAUAUCUCUGCAGAGUUUACUCUAACACUGCUGAACGAGGAAGUUCGACUCAAGAUUGAAAAUCCUGAUGCUGGAGAGGAAUGGAAAGGGUUUAUUCUUACAGUGGCUAAGCUGGAAAUUCCUAGCAAGCUUCAGCUGCUUCCUGGACAACUGCUAAGACUGAAGGAAGUGUUGAAAGACGAAAAGCAACGACAAGCAAGACAGCCUGUGCCUGUAAAAGAGCAAGAACCACCUGAGGCUUCUAAUGUUCCGCAGUGUUUCUACUCUGUAUCUCGAAACAAAGCCAUAGAAAUGCUGGCAGAAUCCCCAGAGUUUGGAAACAUGAUCUUAAGACCUGGCAGUGAAAAGAUGAGUUUCGCAGUGACAGUCAGGCAGCUGCUCACUGAUGGACCAUCUAUAAAGCAUUACAAAGUGAUGUGUGCAGAGAAUGGCUUUUCCAUAGCGCUUGAUACUCCUGUCACUGUUUCCAGCCUCUGUGAUGUUACUGAUCAUUUUGUAAAAGAGACUAACGGAAAUCUCAGACCUUUCAUCCAGCCACACACUUAUGCCACCACAAUUGACCAGCCAGUUGUGCUCAAUGAAAGAAAAGAUCAGCAGAAGAGGCAAAUCCCCCAGGCAGUAGUUGCUCCAAUGAUCCAAAACCCAACUCCUCCACCAACUUCAAGUCAAAGCUCUGAUCACGAAUAUCUUGAAGUUAACUACAUCAAUGUAGAUGAACACGACAAAAAAAAUCAACUGAAUUUGAAGGAUGAUCGUCCUCUAAUCCAGGCUGUUCCAGUGCCAGACUCUGGCAUUUCAGAUGAGCUUUUAAAGGCAUUACAGAAAAGGAGAGCGACUCUUGGAGAUUAUUAACAACAAUUAAUGUAUCUGGAUGUAGCAAGCCUGUUUAAUGGAAAUCUACACUUAGACAAUAUCACGCUCCAAACCCACCAAUCAGUGAGACGUGUCAUGGUCAGAGCAGAACCUGUGUACUGCAGUACAUAAAGCCCUUUUUACUAAAUGAACUUCUGAGAAUUUGAAUAGUAAUAUAUAUAUAUAUGAAAUAAGGGUACAUCAUGUCUACUGGAAUACACCAAGUGGUUAAAUGAUCAUACCCUUUGCUAAAUGAUCUUUAAUUGCAAUGCAUCGAGUAAAACUGGCCUGAACAAGUUGAAGAACUGUACCAAUACACACUUCUAAUCCAUUGCAGUAAUUCAUAUUUUUCCAGUUUGCAGAUGGUUUAAAUUAUACAACUUUAAGUAAUAUUAUGGGAAAUGUAUUUGAGGAAAAUGCUGUUAAACAUUUAUAUAUUAAAUAAUAUCCACUUGUAUGUGAUUUAUGGCAAA